AUGGCCUCUUCGUCCCGUCUUCAGCUGGCCGCCGGCCUCAUCGCCACCGCUUCCCUCGUCGCCGCCGCACCCUGCGAUCUGUACGCCUCAGGAAACACUCCCUGCGUCGCCGCCCACUCCACGACCCGCGCCCUCUACAGCUCCUACGCCGGCCCUCUGUACCAAGUGAAGCGCAACUCGGACGGCAAGACCAAGAACAUCAAGCCCAAGAUCGCCGGCGGCGUCGCGCACUCCGCAGCCCAGGACUCCUUCUGCGCCAGCACCACCUGCGUCAUUACCACCAUCUACGACCAAUCCGGCCGACGCAACGACCUGACUCCCGCACCACCAGGCGGCGCUGCUGCAGGCCCUGGCUCAAAUGGCUUCGACUUGCCUGCAGACGCCACCGCGGCUCCUGUAACGCUCGAUGGCCAGCGUGCCUAUGGCGUGUACAUCAGCCCCGGCAUGGGCUACCGCAACGACGACACCUCCGGCAUCGCCACAGCCGACGAGCCGCAAGGCAUCUACGCCGUGCUAGACGGCACGCACUACAACGACGGCUGCUGCUUCGACUAUGGCAACGCCGAGACCUCCAACGACGACACAGGCAACGGGCACAUGGAAGCCAUCUACUUCGGCAACAACAGCUUUUGGGGCGCGGGUGCCGGGAACGGACCGUGGAUCAUGGCUGAUCUUGAGAACGGCUUGUUCUCCGGUAUGAACCCCGAGGAGAAUCCGAACGACCCGUCCAUUACCGCCCGCUUCGUGACGGCGGUCGUGAAGGGCAAGCCGAACCACUGGGCCAUUCGUGGUGGUGAUGCGACGAGUGGAGGGUUGGGGACGUAUUACAACGGUGCGCGGCCGAGUGUGGAGGGGUACAACCCCAUGAGCAAGGAGGGAGCGAUCAUCCUGGGCAUUGGCGGUGACAACAGCAUCAGUGGACAAGGCACCUUCUACGAGGGCGUCAUGACCUCUGGAUACCCGUCGAACAAGGUGGAGAACCAGGUGCAGGCGAAUAUUGUUGAUGCGCGGUAUGCUACUGCUUAG